AUGCUGGAAUCGCUCAAACAACUUGAACAGGAGGGGAAUCGAGCCAAAAUAAAACGCUGGCAGAUGCUGGAGUACCUGGCCUAUUUCACUUAUAUGCAAGGCAACGUGCAAUCCGUGUCGCAGAUGACCGAAGAACUGCUGUCUAUAGUUCCAAAUCAUGACUGUUGGAUCAGCAAGGCAGAGUUGCUGGAGGAGUCCGAACAUCCAUCCAUCAAGCUACUGAGUCGGCGUGUCGAGCACAUGGCCUCUCUCAACAUGGCCACUGCUGAGAGGCUGAAAGUGAUCAAUUACUGCAUUAACGGAAACUUACCGCAUUACGACACAUUACCAGUAAUAAAUAGGGAUGAAAACUUCAGAAUAUUGGAGUUAAACAAUGGUAAUAGGCUUCGAAUAGCUACAGUGAUGUUCUACAUGAGUGAUGUGGCACAGGGAGGGGCAACAGUGUUUCUAUUACUGAAGCUUGCCCUGUGGCCGCAGAAGGGAACAGCAGUGUUUUGGCACAUCCUCACCUUGGUGGAGAGGUUGACUCUGCCACACUGCAUGCCGGCUGUCCUGUGCUGGCCGGCUCCAAAUGGGUGGCCAACAAGUGGAUUUACAAACGAGGCGAGGAAUUUACAUGGCCGGGUGCGCUGCAAAAAGAGACUCGAGCUGGUACUCAUCCAGCUGGUACAGGUGUGA